AUGGCGCUGCGCUUCUCCGCCAACCUCUCGUGGCUCUUCCCGGAGCUCCCGGCGCUGCCGGCGCGGCUGGAAGCGGCGGCCGCCGCCGGGUUCGGAGCGGUGGAGGCGGCUUGGCCGGCGGGCUGUCCGGCCCAGGAGCUGCGGGCCGCGGCGGAGCGGGCGCGGGUGAGGAUCGCGCUCCUCAACACCCCACCCGGGGACCAGGAGGCGGGCGAGCUGGGGCUGGCGGCCGUGCCCGGGCGGCAGGCAGCUUUCCGGCAGGGCCUGGAGGCGGCCGUGCACUACGCCAGGGCUGUGGGCUGCCCCAGGAUUCAUGUGAUGGCUGGGCGGGUUCCCCUGGGCACAGACCGGGCUGCAGUGGCAGGUGAGAUGGAAACCACCUUCAUUGAGAAUCUCAGAUACACUGCUGACCUCCUGUCCCAGGAAAACAUGAUUGGACUGUUGGAGCCUAUUAACAACCGCAUCACUGACCCUCGCUACUAUCUGAACACGCCACACCAAGCUGCUGCCAUCCUGGAGAAAGUGGGACGGCCCAACCUGAAGCUGCAGCUGGACCUUUUUCACUGCCAGAUCAUGGAUGGCAAUUUGUCACGCAAUCUGGAGACGUACUUCCCACUCAUCGGUCAUAUCCAGAUUGCACAGGUACCAGGGCGGCACGAGCCCGAUAGCCCUGGGGAGCUGAACUUCCCCUACAUCUUCGAGCUCCUGGAGUCCCUUGGCUACACUGGCUAUGUAGGGUGUGAAUAUGCUCCGAAGGGAGACACCCUGGAAGGUUUGGGCUGGCUGCGAUCCUACUGGGAAAGCCGAGGGCUGCAGCAUGGUGGGACCAGCAAGGCAGCCAAGUAAAACUAGAAAACCAUGAGAAUAAAAGACAAAGCAAUGGCUUAA